ACCCCUAAGCCAUGUAAACAACCACCAAUUAAUACAACGCAAUAAAAAGCAAUCCAGGAACUACCUCCAAGAAUAAACCUUCAUUCUACCGGGCACAGAUAAACAGAUCAAAUUCAAGGUUGGAAGCAGAGCGGCGUUCGAGCAGCACCGUCGGUAAUAAGGGAGCGACGAUGGCGACUCUCAUGGCUCUCCAGCUCCGGCCAGUUCUCAGUCGUGCUGGGACAGCCACCCUCUCCCACCUCCACAAAACCAUCGCCAGAGCAAUGUCCAUUAAGGUUGGUGAUGAGAUUCCCAGUGUGGAUCUCUUUGAAGAGACCCCAGCAAAUAGUGUCAACUCACGUGACCUGUGUGCUGGCAAGAAGGUUCUGAUCUUUGCUGUGCCAGGUGCCUUCACCCCAGGAUGCUCAAAGACUCAUUUACCAGGAUAUGUCAGCAGUGCUGAUGCCAUCAAAGCCAAGGGUAUCAGUGAAAUUGUGUGUGUGUCCGUCAAUGACCCCUUUGUUAUGAGUGCCUGGGGCCAGAACCAGGAAACAGGAGAGAAGGUUCGAAUGCUGGCCGACACCAAUGGAGAUUUCACCAAAGCCCUUGGCCUGGAGCAAGAUCUGGCUGUGUUGGGAGGCCUUCGAUCAAAACGCUACUCCUGUAACACUGAGUCCACUAGCAGUGUGACAAAGCAACCUCCAGAAGCACUUCCUGUAGAAGUCACAAGGGGUCUUUGUUCCUUAAAAUGUUUCUCUCCAGCUGUGUACUGA